GUCUUCGAUGCCAUUCUAUAAGGUGUGCGUCCGUUUUUCUCCACAGAUUUUGUAACCUUGUCGCAGAUGAUAUAUUCGCUGAUGCGACUGCAACCCUCUACAGUCGAUUGAAGACAUUUAUUUGUGUUUACUCAAUAGAUAGUCUCUUAAGAAUACGAAAACACUUGUCUCUUUUGGCAUUGUCACCAUGGAGACAUGCGCAUCGCAAUAGCAGUGGAGGAUUUCCAAACCAAACAAGCUUUCAGUCAGGUGCCGCGGAUACCUGGCCGCUACGCAUGCGCAUUACCAGAAUAUUCAUUAGUAAUAAUUAAAUCGCUCUACUCAUUAUGAUUUCCUGAUAUAGAACAGCAAUACCUUUUUCGAGAAAGUGAAAAAUGAUAAAAAACGGGGAAACAAUUUUUCGGAGAUGUCGUCAUGAUGAAGGGAGUGUGUUGUCGCCGUGAUUUCCAUCCGUAAGAAAAUCUGCAAACAUUUGAUAGAUUGGAUUUACUUCUGGAUGCCCUAGUGAGUUAAAUAUGCCAGGAGCGAGGAGGGGGCUAGUUGCCCCCCAAAACACAUUCCUAGAGAACAUCAUCCGGCGAUCCAAUGGCCAGCACAGCAGCUUCCUGUUGGCCAAUGCCCGAAUUAUGGACUAUCCCAUUGUUUAUUGCAAUGAUGGCUUCUGUAAACUGUCCGGGUAUAACCGCGCGGAAGUCAUGCAGAAGAGUAGCACGUGCAGUUUCAUGUACGGAGAACUAUCAGACAAGGAAACCGUGGAAAAAGUGGAGCUGGCGUUCGAAGACACUGAACAGACACAAGUGGAAAUCCUCCUGUAUAAGAAAAACCGUACUCCGUUAUGGCUGCUGUUACAUAUCGCACCAAUAAGAAACGAGAAAGAGCAAGUGGUUCUUUUCCUGUGCACUUUCAAAGACAUCACAGCUUUAAAACAACCAAUCGACGAAGAAGGAAGUUUAAGCAAGUUUGCCAGAUUGGCCCGUUCUGUGACGAGAAAUCGUUCCACCCUGCUGCAGUUUUCAUCUCAUAUGCCAAGCACCAAAUUUGACAACUCAAAACCAUCGCAAAUUGCAAAUAUGAUGAGUCUGAAUUCGGACGUUCUGCCACAAUACCGAUUAGAAGCGCCAAAAACGCCUCCUCAUAUUAUUCUCCAUUACUGCUUAUUCAAGACAGUGUGGGAUUGGAUCAUUUUGUCCCUGACCUUUUACACCGCGGUCACGGUUCCCUACAACACCGCCUUCAAAAACAAAACCAUGGAUCAGGUCCCUCUUCUCGUCAUCGAUAGCAUUGUGGACGUCGUCUUCUUUGUCGACAUCAUAUUGAACUUUCACACGACCUUUGUGGGACCCAGUGGGGAAGUGAUCUCUGAUUCCAAAAUUAUCCGAAUGAACUAUAUGAAGAGUUGGUUUGUCGUCGACGUAUUGUCUUGUCUACCCUAUGAUGUGUUCAAUGCAUUUCAAUAUGUGGAUGACGGUAUCAGUACUCUUUUUAGUGCGCUAAAAGUCGUCCGUUUAUUAAGACUUGGCCGAGUUGUCCGAAAGUUGGAUCAUUAUUUGGAAUAUGGAGCGGCGAUGUUGGUUCUCCUUAUUCUUGUUUUUAUUCUAUUUGCUCAUUGGUUUGCCUGUGGAUGGUAUAGCAUUGGAUUAAGUGAAAUUCAAAGUGGAUUAUCUUAUGGAUGGCUAACAAUAUUAUCGAACACCACCGGAGAUAUAUUUUACUUUUCGAAUUCUACCAAUGUGAAUCCCGACGUUUUCGGGGGCCCGGGGAAGGGGAUGCGUUACUUGACGUCGCUCUACUUCACCCUAUCGUGUAUGACCGGUGUGGGGUUUGGAAAUGUUGCAGCUAAUACAGAGCAUGAAAAACUAUUUUCGAUUUUCAUGAUGAUUAUCGGAGCUCUUCUUUAUGCACUCAUCUUCUCCAAUGUGACGACCAUAUUUCAGCAAUUCUACGCUAAUUUUGCGCGGUAUCACGACAUGCUGAAUAGCGUGCGUGAGUUCAUGAAGCUACACGACGUUCCGAAAUCUCUGAGUGAACGCGUCAUGGAUUACAUAGUGUCUACUUGGGCAAUCACUAAGGGAAUAGAUGCAACUAAGGUACUGAAUUACUGUCCCAAAGACAUGAAAGCAGAUUUGUGUGUUCAUCUUAAUCGGAAGGUGUUUCUAGAGCACCCUGCUUUCCGUCUUGCUAGUGAUGGUUGUCUCCGAGCACUUGCAAUGCAUUUUAACAUGACACACAGUGCUCCAGGGGAUCUGAUUUUUCAUCAGGGAGAAAGCCUUGAUGCCCUAUGUUUUGUCGUCACGGGUUCCUUAGAAGUGAUACAGGAUGAUGAAGUCGUUGCCAUUCUUAGUAAGGGAGACGUGUUUGGGGACAACUUCUGGAAAGAACACACGAUUGGUCAAUCAACUGCGAACGUCCGAGCAUUAACAUACUGUGACCUUCAUACAAUCAAACGAGGUCGUCUUUUGGAGGUGUUGGAAUUCUACCACGCUUUUGCUAAUUCCUUUGCAAGGAAUCUAACUCUCACCUACAAUCUUAGACACAGGCUGAUCUUCCGAAAAGUUGCUGACGUGAAAAAAGAGAAAGAACUGGCUGAAAAAAGAAAGAAUGACCCUCCGUUGGAAUUAUCAAGUGACCAUCCAGUUCGAAAACUCAUUUCUAGGUUCAGAAAGAUCAGUGAUGCUAAGUCGAUGCAAGCCAACACAGACCCUGAGAAGGGAAGUCGAGCGGACAUGAGUGGAGGAGAACGAGGAGGCACCGAAAAAUCUCGAAGUUUCGCUCGUCUCAUAAAUGUUACUGAAAAUUCAACACCCAAAACUGGUGGAGGUUCCUCUAAGUGGGGUAAAAUGGUGAACGGAUCCGGUCCUCCUGAUGGUGAAAGCAAGCAGAACAAACCGAAUAACGAAAACAAAGAAGAGAUGAAGAAUGGAGAUCCUCCAAAACCACAGUUAAAGCCUGCAUCGAAGUGGGGCAAAAUGAUGGGUAAAACUGCAGAACCAAUUAAAGACACUGAUAAAGAAGAAACUCAGAAUAAUUUACGAAAAUCAGAGUCGAUGGACAGUGGUAUAAUUCGCAGCAAUGUGAAACUGGAUCUUAUUACUGAAGAAAAUGUAGGGCAUGCAGUGACGGUACGAAACGAGAAUAAUAAUAAUUUAACUAGUCGUGAUAAUUCCAUUUCGGCCAUGUCAAUUGCUGAGCGUCAUAUGUUAACUUCUCUUAAUGACAUUAAACUGGAAAUGAAAGAAGACAUGGACAUCUUGCAUCAAAAGAUGAACAGAAUAGAUGAACAAAUUUCUGAAAUAUUACGAAUGUUCUCUCCAAGCUCCUCUCCAUGUUCUUCUCACGAGGAUUCAACUUAUCCACAUUCCAAGGAAAAUUCUACCAGAAACACAGACAAUAACAAUAGUACAGACCCCGCCACCGAAUCCUCCGAAGAGGAAUCCCCUAAAAAUCACGUCCUCAUCUGUGAUGUGGACUUUAUACCGAAAUCCGCAGAAAGUCCGACUCCUAAUCUUCCAAAAGAUGGUGAUAUCAGUACGACGCUGUCUAAUUCUGCGUCAUGUGGUGUUUCUCCGAUCAGUCGACUUUCGACGCCAUCGAGUCAUUCUUCUGCACAGAGAAAUCAUAUAAAACAACCAACUAGUAAUUCCGUUUCAAAGGCAAGUCUCAAAGAAUCCAAGGAAGUGCAGCAAAGUGGUUCGUCAAACGAUGACACAGCAUCAAAACCGAACCCACAAACACACGACGGUCAUCUACAACCACCAAUUACCAAUGCUGUAUCAAAACAAGAGAAAACAGGCCGUAUUAAGUCAUCGGAUAUAACUAUUCACAAAACCUCAACAUCAAGCAAUGAACGCGAUUCACGCCAUGAAGCCAGAGACGGAAACAAUACGCCCACAAAUAAAAGAAAUGGAGCUAAAACAAAUGUACAUGCAAAAGGUGGAAAUGGUGCAUCAAUGGCGGAUCACGAAGAACACAUUCCUUCCUUGAGUAUCGGAGUUCAUAAAAAGACAUCGCAAAAGAACGGUACACCCCCGCCUAGUAAAGUUGACAACCACUCAAACGUAGAGGGGAAUACACCACCACCACCACAGAGCUACCGUGGGGACAAUGCAUCGCCUUCGCCAGGAGCAGAUGGCUCAAAAUCAACAUCACCGACCAAUGGUGGAAACAAGACAAAGUCAAAAGACGGUCAACUUGCAACAUCAAAAAGAAACGAGUACCCGUUGAUUUCGGCCCUGGGACCAGCGGUUGGAUAUUCUGUGAAUCCAACAGGAAUUUCCUCAACACCAAGACCGAAUUCUCCAAAAUUAUCGACAAGUCAUGCGUCAACGCCCACGGGACCCGCAGCAUCCGUAAGUGACGUAAGCAUGACUGAAGCAUCCGGUCAAAGAAACGUUAUUUCAAUGGCAGACGAUGUGCUUAAAAUGAAAACAAGAACCCGUCGAGGCUCUAACGGCCAAAAACCUAAAUACAGUUCAAAUAUUCAAAGUUCUAGUAAAACAAGUAUGGAAGGGAAAACAUCCCCGGACCCUCAGCGGCUGGAGGCGCAAAAAAUCCCAGGUGGAAUUAAGUUACCCCUGGACAGUGAAGGGGCUCAUAUUAAGGACCGUGAUCUGGACAUCUUAUGAGAUCAUAACUGAAUGUUCCUGGAAAAUCCAUAUACUUUCUGCAGAAUGAUUUACAAUGUGUGACAUUCUCAGAGUUGUGAUAUACAUUCGCGCCAAGUGACUACAAUUUCAAGCCUUGGACAAAGCUCAGGAUCCAGUGCGAUGAAAAUGUGAUCAGGAGUUUGUUCUAGCUGAAGUCAAAGUGUAGUGACUCGAUGACGUUCCAUCAGUUUUAUUAUUGAAUUACCACUGUUAAUUUUUAUAUCAAACACAUAUCGUGCGUAGACUACAGUCUUCAUCAAAGAUAAGGCCCGAGCCUGAAUGCCUUUAGCGUCUGCUUCCAACAUGAAGAAACCAAAGUUAUAAAAACCAGAAAAUUAACCUUCUGCCCUGCAAGUACCAGAAUGUUCAAAUGAAUCUAAAACAUUCCAGCGUCCAGCACAAAGUAUCUAACCAAGGAUUUUUCCUCCGUUCUCUCUCCAUACUUUGGCAAGAAAUAUGGUGGAAAUGAUAUGCAAUGUUUCGUUUCUUUAACUGCCUUUUUGUAUGAUGUUAAUGAUGUUACAUUGUAAUAUCACGUACACUGCUUUAAACCAAGUUAAAUUGUUUUUCUCUAUUAUACAUUUCAAUGACCGUCAAUUAUAAAUAUCGUUGUUGAAACUGUGUUUUCAACAAGUUUAUAUAUAUUUAUAUUUUGUUUUGCCAAUGGGCUUUCGUUAAUAGAUUAGAUGAUUACUAAACCAGUUUUCGGUAGGAAAAACUGCGAAUUUUUGCAGAUAUAUUCAUGAUUUAUUAGUCAAGUUUUCUCAAAUAUAAUCUUUAUUACGGUUUUCCUCAACUUAGCAAAUGGGGUUCUCGUCAUGAUGUUAACUUACUAUUAUGUAUGUUCUUGUUAGACAUGUUAACCAUCUUUCAGAUAGUACCAUUUUAACUAGUUAGUUUUUCAUUUGCUUGCAUAUUCUGUAGGACACAUAUAGCUAGGUCUUUUGGAUAUGGAAACAUAGCAACAGUAACUAUGACAUCCGCAUAUCGGGUAAUUUUGGUGUCGCGAAUAUUUGAUGGAUUUUUCUCAUAAAAGUAGUUUGGUCUUUUAAUCAUUUAUUUGGCGGAUUUUGAAUGGAAAUUUUGACGGUUUUAUUUUUGUUAUUCCCCCACAUUGGCAAUAUUACGAACGCGCCAAAAUUACACGAUAUACACUAAAAGCCGGGGGAUUUCGAGAUACUUCGUUUUUCUCAUAUUCAAGCAUCGUAUCGAUUCAACGGGUAGCGUUAAUAAUACCAAAGGAUAUUUUAUUUUGGUACAGCACUAAGCAGCUUCAAUUACACAAACUUUUAAUUAACCAUAUUUUAUUGCACAUACAAGAACACUCAUUCCAUCAUUCUGGCUGUUCCUCUCCUUUCUAUUAAUCACGCCACAGAUCAUAAAGAUUCAUCAAACGCUCGGCUCGGCAUUUACGACCGAGAGUCGCACGUCUUUUAGAUGAGACCUCAACACUGAGGUCCCGCGUCAUGGCACGAUAUAAAAACAAACUUACUCCUAAGGCUCCGAUCGUGCUUAAAUUGGUGAUGUUUAACCUUCUGUUGGUGACGUCUCCAUACGAAAGGAAAAUUCUCAAUGGGGCGUAAUACAGCAGACAAAAACACGACGACCUUUUCAGUGAUUUAAUCGUCCAGUUUUCUACUACCCUCACCAUGUAGAAAUAUUAUAUGCCAAAAAAUGUCAUAGCCAUCCAUAGAGGGUAGUCUAUCCCUAUAAAUCACUCUUACACAACUUAUCAUUCGUUUUCAAAACUAUAUUGUUGUUGGGGGGAUAUCUACCCGAUUAUUCAUACACAUUUUUCACUACCUAUUUAAUUCCCAUUCAAAGUUAGUCCUGCACUUAUAUUUAUUUUUAUCGCAAUAACCCGGAUGUGAUGAGUACCUCUUUGUUAACCAGUGAAUUGUGAUAUCUUGUUACCGUUUAUAAUCACCCUCUUCUAGAUUUUCAUUGGCUGUUGUAGUCACACAAUUAUUACCACAUUCCCAAAUGAUCACCACCUUCAUCAUGAUCAUUUUGUUGUUUAUUACAUUUUUUUUUAAUUUCAAUUUGAAUAAAUUUUGAAAAUGGAAA